UCAGUCCGCCGCGGCCGCGCAGCGGGCCAGUCGCGAGACGCGCGCGGUACGCAGGCCACGCAGCGCAACCGCCAUGUCGUACUGCCUCGACGUCGAGUCGUUCAUAAACGAAGUGAAGAAACACCCAGAGAUAUGGGACUUGACGCACGAAGAUAACCGCCAUAAGACUCGGAAGAAUCGAGCGUGGGGCGAAGUCGCUCGAUUGUUUAUUGAGGAGUUUGAUGAGAUGCCGGAGAUAGACAAAAACGAUGUUUACAGAAAACUACACGGCAAAUGGCGCAACAUACGAGACUCCUUCGUAAGGAACAUGAAAAAACCCGAUGGGAAGAAGGGAUACAUGUACGCUAAACAUCUAUCGUUCCUAAACGCAGUUUACAAAGGCUCGGGGAGCGAAGCGGAGGAGAACGACUCGAAUUCAAAUCAGUUGUGGGAGGAAAGCGACGCUGACGAUGACCGCAAAAGGAAAAACAAGAGACGACGCUUCCAAGUUUUGAACGAUUGCAACUGGAGCGACGCCGACGACGACCCACCUUCAACCAUAAACAAUUUAAAAAGGAAACGGAUCGCAAACGUCAAGACUGAGCCCACUCUAGAAUUCGUGGAUACGCCGCCUCCGAUGACGCCCUUCGCAGAGACCUCGUUUACUGUACCUGCGGAGGACGAGGAUAGAUCAUUUUUCGAGUCGCUACUACCAGCGGUUAGGGGAUUCGAUCUGGAUCAAAAAUUAGAGUUCCGAAGUCAAGUUAUUACCUUUAUAAAAAACAUAAGAAUUGCACAAACAAAGUCGAGUAGCUAGUGUUGGUAAUACGGACUACUUACGCUUGGCAUGAGCUGCCACUUAGAUAGGAUUACUAAUUGAUACAUUUACUAUCACUAU